UAACAUUUUCAUACUGUCGCGUAAUUUUUGGAUAUUUUCUCGAGAAAUCGAGUUGUCAGUGUCAAACAGCAUGCAGGGAAUUCAUGGAAUAGCUCACCAACCUGCCCAGAGUUAUAUAAAAUUGAAAGUCCUCGCUAUUUUAGACGUUGUUUUACGUGUACCAUCAGUUUUUAUGGUCGAUGCACUGUUGAAUUAUCAAAUUCCUCUACCAUGGCAUACCCGGCCUGUUUUGGCAGUAAUUUUAAGUAUUAUAGGUUUAGUACUUGCAUCUGUGGCAUUCUUUUUAUCAAUCAGAGUUUUAUUAAAAUUUUAUGGUGCCGUCAUUGCAAUAUCAAUCCUGGGCACGUCAUCCUGGUGGAAUCAGGUUUUCAUCGGCCAGUUCAAUGAAGCCAUUGAAGAAAGUCAAUCUGUGAGGGACUUUAUAGAAAGCUCUGACUUUCAAAUGUAUCUGUUUGUGCAACUUGCCUAUGCAACUGUUUUCACUGUGACGAUACGAACACAGCAUUUUCUCAUAACAGAGGUGAUGGUGUUUACCGCAUUCUUAUUUCCCAUGAUAGUAAGACUUAAUCUACCUCUAGACUUGGAAGAAACUAAUACUUCGCAGUAUGCAGUAUAUACAUUUUCGCAGUAUUUUGCGGUUGCUGCACCAAUGUUGGCAUUAGUAGCAACUGUCGCAAUGAAAAUAUCAUGGAUAUACUAUACUACAAAAUAUUCACUGAUGCUCGUGAAACACAUCAUUCGUAAUUAUGGACUGCAAAUUUUCUUAGAGGAUCAGUGGCAGAGAUUACAUGUGCCAACUGUCUUACGCGUCUUUUGGCUGAGCAGAUUUGCUUUGCAGUGUGUAUUUCUCACCAUUAUGGUGAUGUCUCAGGAAGAGGAUAAGUUUGACUUGUUGAAUGCUGGAAAAGUAUGGCAAAUAUUCACCAAUCUUAUGAUCAGUGGUUGCGAUUCCACUCUCACAGUGCUUGGGAUGAGUGCUGUUGUUUCUUCAAUCACACACCAUGUUGGGAUAUUCAUACAGAGCAUAAUUGGCAGCAACGUUGAUGAGGAAAAACAUAUGGGAACUGUGUCAGCGAUUCUCUUCUUCAUCCUGGCACUGCAGACUGGUUUGUCUGGUUUAGCACCGGAACAGCGUCUUACUCGACUGUAUCGUAAUUUCUGUCUUCUUCUAACAGCAAUCAUGCAUUUUGUACACAAUAUGGUGAACCCAGUCCUCAUGUCUCUGAGUGCGUCCCACAACUUGUCGGUGUAUAGACAUUUAAGGGUGGUGUCUGUUUGCCUAAUACUUCUGGUUGUUGCACCAUGGUUGAUGAUUCAUCUUUGGAGUAAUUACCAUAUCAGUACAUGGUUGCUGGCUGUCAGUGCAUUCUGCGUGGAAGUCUGCAUUAAAGUCAUAAUCUCUCUAAUGGUAUACUCUUUAUUCAUCAUUGAUGCUUAUCGAAACACAUUUUGGGAAGGCCUUGAUGACUAUGUUUAUUAUAUAAAGGCAUUUGGUAACAGUGUGGAAUUUUUAUUUGGAAUAUUUCUUUUCGGAAAUGGUGCCUGGAUAAUGGUGUUUGAAUCGGGAGGCACCAUUCGUGCUGUUAUGAUGUGCAUACACGCUUAUUUCAAUAUUUGGCAACAAGCAAAGUCUGGCUGGAAGAUUUUUAUGAACCGACGCACUGCGGUGAAAAAGAUUAAUUCUUUACCUGAAGCCACACUGGACCAGCUGAGUGAUCGCAAUGAUGUCUGUGCAAUUUGCUACCAGGACCUAAUAACUGCGAGAAUUACACCUUGCAAUCAUUUUUUUCAUAGCCUAUGUCUACGAAAGUGGCUUUAUGUACAGGACAAUUGCCCUCUCUGUCAUUCUGAUAUUUACCAAACUGAAAAACCAGAUGAUGCACCCCCUGAAGGUGAUGUAAAUAAUGCUAAUGAUGAUCAAAUGCCUGACAAUGAAAACUUGCACCAUAGACAUGUACAUUUGCCAGAGGGCGCUGUUGUUCCUGAUCCUUCAAAUCCUUCACCAAUAAAUUCUAAUGAUCAGGAAAAUAAUGUACCCCGUAGUUCACAAAAUGAUCAUGAACAUUUAGACUGAUAAAAGACUAUUUUGAUUAAAAAUUAAAUAUUUUUUUUACUCCUUAUUGAUGGUUGUAAAUGUUUUAAAUAAAUGUUGUACCCAAGAUACAAGUCUUGUGGCUUGAUUUUGAAGCAGUGGAUUCUGUGUGUGUGGAACUAGUUAAUUUACAAUAUGGGCAUCAUAAUUUAAUGUUCUCCCAGGAUAAUAACAUAGCACGUUGGCUAAUUUGCUUACAUUAGAAUAUCUUAAUUACCUCUAUUUCAUAAUAAUUAAGCUCUUAUUUAUCAACAAAUGUAGAAUAGGCAGGGUUCCUAUUCUAAAAUGCUAUGGGGAGACCCCCCAGACUUGAGAUAAUAUAACCCGGUAUAGAUUACAUGUUACUGAUAGGCAGAUAAUGUUGCCUUGAUAUUGUUGGCCAUGCGGUUGUUCACUCAAAAUAAAUGUUGUCUUGGUAACAUCACAUGUCUAUUGUGCUGUAUGCAAUCAGAUCAAAUCUUGCAAUUGGUCAACCAUAAACUGAACAAAUCCAAAGUCUUGUGUUAUUUAUUGAAACAUUUCUCUGCAUCAGGUCUAUUUUGAAAUUACAAACUGCAUAGGAGAACCUUCCCUGCUGCCUGGACUUGUGCACAUAUUUUAGCAUUUUACAUGCAAUAGUGGCAAUAUAUGUAAGAAUUGGUCUUGUAUGUAAAACCAAUUGAUUCAGUAUCGAGUCAACAGUGUGUAGACUUUUUUCUUUACUGUUGAUAUGUUUUGAGAGAAAAAAAUGCAACAAAUGACAUUGUAGCAGCAGUUUCCAUAAAUUAAAAAUGUCAAUUUUGUAAUACACCAAUUGUCAACACCAAUAAAAAUUGCACGAGUCAACCCAUGUUUAUAUAUAUAUAUAUUUUUAAACCCACUUGUUUUCAUCUGAAAUCCAAACUAAAUAAUUGGAUUGGGUUUUGUAGGCACCUCGUUCAUUCUACUAAGUGAUCACACAUCAGACAACCUGCGAGUAUUUGCCAUG